ACCACCAACCCCCCCGCCCCUAUAAAUAAGCCCACUCAUCAUUCACCUCAACUCGCGUCUUGCCCUUCUCUCUCUAUCUAUACCUACUUCUCUCUCUACCGGAAACCGGUCUCCCUUCCCUUUCAAGGAAAAAUGGCUUCCCACAUCGUUGGAUAUCCCCGCAUGGGCCCCAAGAGAGAGCUGAAGUUCGCUCUCGAAUCGUUCUGGGAUGGCAAGAGCAGCGCCGAGGAUUUGGAGAAGGUGGCGGCUGAUCUCAGAGCUUCCAUCUGGAAGCAGAUGUCUGAUGCCGGCAUCAAGUACAUUCCCAGCAACACGUUCUCCUACUACGAUCAGGUGCUCGACACCACUGCCAUGCUCGGCGCGGUUCCCCCGAGAUACAACUGGACCGGUGGUGAGAUAGGUUUCUCCACCUACUUCUCAAUGGCCAGAGGCAAUGCCUCUCUUCCUGCUAUGGAGAUGACCAAGUGGUUCGACACCAACUACCACUUCAUUGUCCCUGAGUUGGGCCCUGAUGUGAAAUUUAGCUAUGGUUCUCACAAAGCUGUGAAUGAGUACAAAGAGGCCAAAGCUCUCGGUGUUGAUACCGUCCCUGUUCUUGUUGGACCAGUAUCAUACCUUUUGCUCUCCAAACCUGCUAAGGGAGUUGAGAAAACUUUCCCACUUCUUUCUCUUCUUGACAAGAUUCUUCCAAUCUACAAGGAAGUUAUUGCUGAACUGAAGGCAGCAGGUGCUUCAUGGAUCCAAUUCGAUGAGCCUACAUUGGUUAAGGAUCUCGAGUCACACCAGCUGGAAGCCUUCACCAAGGCUUAUGCUGAGCUUGAAUCAACCUUGUCUGGUGUCAACACCAUCGUCGAAACCUAUUUCGCUGAUGUACCUGCCGCUGCAUACAAGACCCUCACCUCCUUGAGCGGUGUAUCUGGCUUCGGAUUUGAUUUGGUUCGUGGAGCCCAAACACUCGAAUUGAUCAAGGGAAGUUUCCCGGCUGGAAAAUACCUCUUCGCCGGUGUUGUAGAUGGAAGGAACAUCUGGGCUAAUGAUCUGGCCGCAUCUCUCGCCGAGCUGAGUUCUCUUGAAGGAAUCGUCGGAAAGGACAAGCUUGUUGUGUCCACAUCCAGCUCGCUUCUCCACACUGCUGUGGAUUUGGCCAAUGAGACUAAGUUGGACCAGGAAAUCAAGUCUUGGCUUGCAUUUGCUGCUCAGAAGAUCGUAGAAGUGAAUGCACUUGCAAAGGCAUUGUCCGGCGAGAAGGAUGAGGCUUUCUUUUCUGCCAACGCUGCUGCUCAUGCCUCUAGGAAAUCCUCCCCGAGGGUGAACAAUGAAGCAGUGCAAAAGGCUGCUGCUGCACUAAGAGGUUCUGACCAUCGCCGCGCUACAAACGUUAGCGCCAGACUUGACGCCCAGCAGAAGAAGCUCAACCUUCCGAUCCUCCCAACCACCACUAUUGGUUCCUUCCCACAGACUGUGGAGCUUAGAAGAGUGCGCCGUGAAUACAAGGCCAAGAAGAUCUCCGAGGAGGAAUAUGUUAAGGCCAUCAAGGAGGAGAUCAGCAAGGUUGUCAAGCUUCAGGAGGAGCUUGACAUCGACGUUCUUGUCCACGGAGAGCCAGAGAGAAACGACAUGGUUGAGUACUUUGGCGAGCAACUUUCUGGCUUUGCCUUCACGGCAAAUGGCUGGGUCCAAUCAUACGGAUCUAGAUGUGUCAAGCCGCCAAUUAUCUACGGUGAUGUCAGCCGCCCCAACCCCAUGACCGUCUUUUGGUCCACUGCUGCCCAGAGCAUGACCAAGCGCCCGAUGAAGGGUAUGCUCACUGGGCCCGUCACCAUCCUCAAUUGGUCUUUCGUGAGAAACGACCAGCCUAGAUUCGAAACCUGUUACCAAAUUGCCUUGGCAAUCAAGGAUGAAGUGGAGGACCUCGAGAAGGCCGGUAUUACUGUGAUCCAGAUCGAUGAGGCUGCAUUGAGGGAGGGGCUGCCUCUCCGCAAAUCCGAGCAUGCUUUCUACUUGGACUGGGCUGUCCACUCCUUCAGAAUCACCAACGUCGGUGUUCAAGAUACCACCCAGAUCCACACCCACAUGUGCUACUCGAACUUCAACGACAUCAUCCACUCCAUCAUCGACAUGGACGCCGAUGUCAUCACAAUCGAGAACUCGCGCUCCGACGAGAAGCUGCUCUCUGUAUUCCGCGAGGGAGUGAAGUACGGAGCUGGAAUUGGGCCGGGUGUGUACGACAUCCACUCUCCACGUAUCCCGUCGUCUGAGGAGAUUUAUGACAGAAUCAACAAGAUGCUUGCCGUCCUCGAGACCAACAUCCUGUGGGUGAACCCCGACUGCGGUCUCAAGACCCGCAAGUACGGAGAGGUCAAGCCCGCACUCGAGAACAUGGUUAAGGCUGCCAAGUCCCUCCGAAAGGAACUUGCCAGUGCCAAAUAAGCUCUCUCCGAUUCCCACCUUCAUGAGUUUAUGAAAAAUAUUUUCUAUUCAAUUUUAUAACUGUGGUUCAAGAAAAGAUGUAGGGUGCCCGCGGGUCGUUUUGUUUUGGGUUUGCUUUUACUAUUUUUCUUUAAUGGAUGUUUGAAAUAUUACUGUCUUUUAUUUGGAAGAUUGCGAUCGACUUGUGACAGCAGCUUCCAAAUAAAUGUAUUUCUAUCAGGUUGUUUUUUGGAAAUUCUAAGGAAUCAUUGUUUCCA